UCAUCACUUUCAUGGCAGCUGCCAUGUCUGUUUAUUUCUCUCCUUUUCGUUUCACUUAUUCAUUUUUCAUCUUGUCAAUCAAAUUCUCCUCAGAAUCUUGAAACAUUCUUCCCUUCUAUCCCCUUAUCUCCACCUUUUGUUCCUCCGACCAGACCUUCGCCCGACCCUGUUACAGUAUUUCCAGUUCCGCCGGAACCUAGAUCGUCACAUUCAACCGGUAAAACCGUUGGGAAAGCUGUUGGUAUAACAGCAGCUAGUACUAUUGUAGUUGCUGGACUCUUCUUCUUUUUUCUUCAAAGAUAUGUUAUUGCCAAUCGGAAAAAGAAAAAUGAAGAUCAGAAAACCGAUACUAACACCACCAAUGGUAUGGUUUUUCACCGGGAUCCUCUCCAACGGGAUAACGUGAGAAUGACUAAAGAAGAAAUGAAACGAUUUGAUGGAACCCUGAAAGGUAUAGUCGUCGAUGAAGAUGGAUUGGAUGUACUGUAUUGGAGAAAACUUGAAGGCGGAACAUUGCCAAGUAGUUUCAAGAAGGAGGUUUUGUCAAAGAUUAACGAUAUUAACGAAGACGAUGUCAGAAAAGAGAGACGAAAGGAGAGAAGGAAUCGAAGAACUCACUCAAGAAACACCGUUUCUCCGUGGAAGUUCGAUUUCAUCACAUCAUCAACUCCUCCGCCACCACCGCCACCGCCUCCGUCGACUCUGCCACCACCACCUCCUUCUGCCGCGAAGAAAGUUUCGGCAGCACCACCGCCUCCGUCUACUCUCCCUAAAAUUGCCACAAAGGAAGCUUCAGCACCACCCCCACCGCCACCCAAGUUUUCAAAACCACCACCUCCACCACCAAAAGGAAAAUCGGCAAAACCAACUUCUGCAGAAUUUUCUAGUGAGAGUUCAGCUGAAGGGUCAGGUAAGGCUAAAUUGAAGCCAUUACAUUGGGAUAAAGUUACAGCUAAUCCUGAUCAUUCAAUGGUGUGGGAUAAAAUCAGUGGCGGUUCUUUCAGGUUCGAUGAUGAUUUGAUGGAAGCUUUGUUUGGAAAUGUUGCAACCAAGAAAUCACCAAAAGGGAAUCCAACCAAGUCAAGCAUGGCUGUGGGUGGUGCUAAUCCAUAUUCCCCUACUCAAGUUUUCCUACUUGAUCCAAGAAAAUCCCAAAACAUUGCAAUUGUUCUCCGAUCUCUCGCGAUAUCUCGGACAGAAAUCCUGGAUGCAUUACAAGAAGGCCGCGGUCUGGAUUCCGAUACCUUAGAAAAACUUGCAAAGUUUGCUCCAACAGAAGAGGAAGAAGCUGCACUUGUUGAAUUUGAUGGGAACAUAACAAAACUUGCAGAUGCUGAGUCUUUCUUGUAUCAUAUUUUCAAGGCUGUUCGCUAUCCGUUUGCGCGUCUUGACGCUAUGCUUUUCCGAUUGAAUUACGAGCCGGAGAUUCUCCAGCUGAAGAACUCGUUAAAAAUACUGGAAGCUGGAUGCAAUGAGCUGCGAACUCGUGGACUGUUCUUGAAACUUUUAGAAGCUAUAUUGAAGGCCGGUAACCGGAUGAAUGCAGGAACCGCAAGAGGGAAUGCAAAAGCAUUCAACCUGACAGCAUUGAGAAAACUUUCGGAUGUGAAGAGUAGUGAUGGGAAAACUACUUUGCUACAUUUUGUCGUCGAAGAAGUAGUUCGAUUCGAAGGUAAGCGUUGUGUGCUUAAUAAGAAUAAUAACUUCAGCAGAAGCAACAGCCGCGGCGGUACUAGUAGUGGCGCAUUCAGUGGUGGUCUGAAUGCAGAUCCUUCAUUAUCAAAAGAAGAUAGAGAGAAAGAAUACAUGAUGCUCGGACUUCCGAUUGUUGGAGGUUUAAGUACCGAAGUCGCGAAUGUUAAAAAAGCAGCAACAAUUGAUUAUGAAGGCUUUGGGAAUAUAUGCACUACUCUGACAAAGCGUGUCACUGAAACUCGAAAAUUCGCUGCUAAAAUUGAAGCUGAGCGGAGUGGGUUUGUGAAAGAGAUGAAGAGUUUCUUAGAUUCGUCAGACGAAGAACUUAAGGCGAUGAAAGAAGAGCAAGAAAGGAUAAUGAAUUUAGUGAAGAGAACUACUCAGUAUUAUCAAGCUGGAACUAAAGAUAAAGAUCACCCACUUCAGUUAUUUGUUACAGUGCAUGAUUUCCUAAGAAUGGUCGAUCAGGUCUGCCUUGAUAUUGCUAGGAAUGUUCAAAAGAAGAAACCUGCUGAGCCGACUGCAGCUGCUGCAGGUUCAUCUACUAGUUCAUCUUCGCCCCCAAAGAGGGCUCCAGUGAGGUUCCCGUAUUUGCCUGUAAAUAUUUUGUCAGAUAAGUCUAAAUCCUCCUCUUCAGGUGGUGAUUCUUCAGAUGAUGGGUUUUAAAAGAACUCAGAUUCAUUUGAAAUUUUUCGUUUUUAUUGAAUUUAAGAGAUUUGUUUCGUGUACAUAGUCAAUUGAGUAACUGAAAAUUCAAGACCAAAGCUCCAAGUGUGAAAAUGUUGUUGCUAAUGAAAAAGAAAAAAAUUGGUUAUUGAAUAUUGAA